CUUACAACAGUCAACGCCCCUUUUUAGCCACGAGACCUGACGGAUUUCCGGUGGCCGCCAUUAUCCUAACUGCCAGAGGCUUUUAGGCACCGCUUCUGGUGUGCGGUCCAGGGCUCCAGUUGUGAGGAAACCCAGCAGAGUCGGGCGCUCAGCUUGUUGUGUACACUCAGCAGAGUGUGUGCCUGUCUGACUUUUUUCUUCACCAUGGCUUCUCACAAGACAUUCAGGAUCAAGCGAGUCCUGGCUAAGAAACAAAAGCAAAAUCGUCCCAUUCCACAAUGGAUUCAGAUGAGAACUGGCAAUAAAAUCAUGUACAACUCCAAGAGGAGACACUGGAGACGAACCAAACUGGGUCUAUAAGGAACCAUGCGUAUUGAUGCUGUUUGAAAGUCACUGUUAACUUACUGCAUCAAGUUUAAAACCUUACCAUUGUCUGGAUAUCUGAGUGUGUUUAUUGGAGAUGUGAGUUUUUUUCUUUGUUUUUGUGCUCUGGUAAGGUUCAUUCAAUAGUUCAGUAAUAAAUAUGUGAAACUUUUUGUUUGGAAGGAAAAUA